UAGUUUUAAGGAACAAUUGUAUUUUAAUAACAAUACAAACGAAUCGUUUGUAUUAAUUUGUUUUAAACAACAAUCGGAAAAAUUUUGGUCAAUGUUUGACAAAAUUGUUGAUAAAGUGUUGGAAAACAUUAUGACAACCAAUGAUGAGACAGUGGCUGAACAGAUGAAACCACAUUUGCAACAAAUCAUAGGCUAUUAUAAGGGAUCAAACACUUUGAAUCCGUUUGGUUUCGGACAAGUAAUGACCUAUAGUUUACUUACGGGUCAUAUGCCCAGUGAUCCACUGUUUGAUACAAAUGUCUAUGCAUUGGGUUGGGUGGGCAUAAUGUUGUCCAACUAUUAUUUCCUGUUGGACGACAUUAUGGAUAACUCAACUAAUAGAUUGGGCAAACAGUGUUGGCAUACAUUGCCAUCGGUAGGUUUAUCGGCACUAAACGACAGUACAUUAUUGCUGUCGGUUAUACAGAAAAUUAUUCGACUUUACUAUGAAAGUCAUCCAUACUAUGUAAAUAUGGUUAAACUAAUGACCCAGCUAAUUGGUAAUAUAUCAUUAGGACAACAAUUGGAUAUGAUAUACUCACAAAUGCAUGAAUCAGAAAAUUUUGAACAUUUUACAAUCAAACGCUAUGUUAAUAAAAAUAAAUAUAAAAAUGCAUAUUUUGGAUUACUUAUGCAAUUCAAAUUUGGAUUGUACGCUUCGGGUCGGGAUUGUAUUGAACACCAAGAAAUAGUUGAAGAAAAGUUAAUACUGUUGGGUGUAUUGGAUGGCGCUAUCAAUGAUUAUGAAGACCUGAACAAAGAGGGCGGAACUGAUAUACAAGAGGGUAAGUUCAGUUGGCUAGUGGUCAGGGCAUUGGAAUUGGCAGAUGAUAGACAACGGGCUAUAAUUGUCGAUAACUAUGGCCGAGUAGAUGACCAGUGUGUCCAACAAAUCAGACAAUUGUAUAAUGAAUUGAAUUUGAAACACGAGUUUCUUGUCUAUGCUAACCAAGUGUUUGAUGAUAUUCACAAAUUUUGUUUGGAUUUCAAUGACAAUUUGGUCACCAAUUUGUUGACCAAUUUUGCCGAUUUGGUCAAACAAUAUUUCAAUUAUGCGGUUAAAGAAGAUUCUAAUCGUCCUUUUACCAAGCUGACUUACUCAAUGAUCAUAACAGAUAGUAAAUUGGAUAAUAACGAGUCGGACAUUGUUGAAGAGUUUUUAAUACAAACUGGUAUAUUGUGCGGCGCUAUGAAUGACUAUCUGGACUAUUAUGAAGAGUCAACCGGAACCGAUAUACAGGAAGGCAAAUGCACCUGGUUGUUUGUUAGGGCAUUGCAAUUGGCCGAUGAUAGACAACGUACGGAACUGUUGGCCAACUAUGGACACAACGACACCGAUCGUAUCGAAAUCAUUAGACAACUGUACUCUGAGUUAGACAUACCGGCAGAGAUGUUAGUGUUUGCCGACUCUGUGUUCACUGGUUUUAGACAACUGGCCACCGGUUUAGGUAACAAACGUAUUGUCGAUAUUGUCGAUAACUUUGCCAACGCGGCCAAAGAGUAUGGCAAAAAUGUUUGUCAUUUAUUUCAAUAG